CUUCCAAUUUCAUUCUAUUCUAUUCUAUGUGUAACAGCAACAGCAACAACAACAAUGGCAGCAGCAUCCGCCAUAUCGUCAUCAACUGCCACUUUAUCCAACAACAUUUCUCACCAUAUUAAACAACUUCCUUCUUCUUCUUCUUCCUCACCUUUUAUUUCUCAACGAAGAAGCUCAAAGUUGAAAUCAAUAGUUUGUGCGUUACCUGGUCCAUAUACUGAUUCUUCUAAAUUUGGGUUAUCAAGUAAAGCACAAAACUUGGAGUUAAUGCCCGAGGAAAUGAACAUACAUACUCCUAUCACUUCAAGUUACGGUCCAAUUGUAGCAAGAAGAGGGGCUCCGCCACCUAUAAUGCCUGCUGUCUUGACUCCUGGGGGACCUUUGGAUCUUUCUACAGUAUUGUUCAGGAAUCGUAUAAUAUUUGUUGGGCAGCCAAUCAACUCACAGGUAGCCCAGAGAGUUAUAUCACAACUUGUUACAUUGGCCACAAUAGAUGAGAACGCAGAUAUCCUGGUAUAUGUGAAUUGUCCUGGUGGGAGCACCUACUCUGUGUUGGCAAUUUAUGAUUGCAUGUCUUGGAUUAAACCUAAAGUUGGUACAGUGUGUUUUGGAGUUGCUGCAAGCGAAGGAGCGCUUCUUCUUGCGGGUGGAGAGAAGGGUAUGCGAUACGCGAUGCCAAAUGCACGUAUCAUGAUACAUCAACCACAAAGUGGAUGUGGGGGUCAUGUUGAGGAUGUAAGGCGCCAAGUUAACGAAGCUGUUCAGUCUCGCCAUAAAAUUGACUUGAUGUACUCCGCGUUUACUGGCCAACCCCUAGAGAAAGUGCAACAAUACACAGAGAGGGACCGUUUCCUAUCUGUUUCAGAGGCAUUGGAAUUUGGGCUCAUUGAUGGGAUACUUGAAACAGAAUACUAAAUUGAUAGGAAAAACGUCAUUGUGCGUGCAAUGACUAUAAUGAUUUGGAAAGCGUCACAUUGGUGAUGUGGCAUGCGACAGGACUUCAAGUUGGAAGUCCAUCUUUGAUACCAAAGUUGCAAACUUAAUAUAAACAAUUAUGUAUCCACACUCAAAACAGUCAAUUAUCUAGUGGGAUCUUUCUUGUUUCAGAUUUAAAUGUUAGGGAUGUUCCACAUACAAUGUACCUGCUAUUGGUCUGUUACAGAAUGUCCUUGUUUACAAGGGACAGUUAUAUUGUAAUGUAGUUCUGUGAUUAAUGGCUUAGCCCUUAUUAAUCCUCA